AUGAGUGAUAUGUCAACGCUGCCCAACGGCCUCAUCACAUUCGGCCCUCAAGCCAACUGUACCCUCGACACAUGUCCCCUUGAAGCGAGCAUCCUACGAUACCAACCCAGCAUUCCCGCCAAUGCCGUCUUCACAGGCGUGUUUGCGUUGUCAUUGAUAAUCCAUGCCUUUCAGGGCAUCAAGAUGAAGACGUGGGGCUUCAUGUCGAGUAUGAUAUCUGGAUGUAUUCUCGAGAUCAUCGGAUACGUUGGCCGUUUCAUCAUUAACGAUAAUCCUUUUGACUUUAACGGUUUUCUAAUGCAAAUUAUUUGCAUUACCGUGGCGCCCGUCUUCUUCUCUGCAGCCAUUUAUGUUCUCUUGUCCCAAGUUAUCAACCACGUUGACCCAAGCAUCUCCCGAGUCCCUCCCAAGUACUUCUAUUGGGUCUUCAUUCCCUCCGACAUCAUCUCCCUCGUCCUCCAAGCCGUUGGCGGUGCUCUCUCAUGUGUCGCUUCAACCCACGAAGACGUCAAGACCGGCGAGGACAUUUCGCUGGCCGGCCUGAUCUUCCAAGUCGUCACCCUUAUCUGCUUCUGUACCUUGUUUAUCGACUACGUCGUCAGGGCAUUCAAGUCGCCCGCUCGCAGCCGUCUCAACAAGAAAAUGAUGACAUUCCUUGCCUUCCUCUUUCUUUCGACAAUCUUUAUCCUCAUUCGAUGCGCUUACCGUAUUGCUGAGCUCGGUCAGGGGUACUUUAGUGCUCUCUUCCGAGACGAGGGUCUUUACAUCGGUCUCGAAUCUUGCAUGAUGUGCAUUGCUGUUCUUCUUCUGAAUGCCGGCCAUCCCGGAUAUGCUUUCACCCAGAGCCAGGAAGAUGUGAGAGAGAAGAAUCAGGAGCAAGAUCAAGACUUGGCUUAA